AUGGCUUCUUCAUCGUAUUAUGGUUUCCGUUUUCUUUUGUGUUUAUCUUUGCUUUUUGGAUUCAACACAAUUGUAUUGGGUGGAAAUUUCAACACCCUUUUUGAUAAUCUUUUUGGAGAAGAAAGAGUUGAUAUAAGGGACGAUGGUAAUAGCAUGACCCUUACUUUGGAUGAAUAUUGUGGCUCAGGGAUUGUGUCCAAGAAUGAAUAUUUGUAUGGAAGAUUCGACAUGAAGGUCAAGCUUGUUCCAGGAAAUUCUGCUGGAACAGUCACCGCCUAUUAUUUAAGCUCUGUAGGAGCAAAGCACGACGAGAUUGAUAUAGAGUUCUUAGGAAAUUUGACGGGUGAUCCUUAUCUUCUCUCAACAAAUGUAUAUGCUGAUGGUAACGGUGGUCGUGAGGUUCAAUUCUAUCUUUGGUUUGAUCCAACCGAGGAUUACCACACCUAUUCCAUUGAUUGGAAUCCUGACCGUAUUAUAAUCUUAGUGGAUGACAUUCCCAUCAGAGUGAUGCUUAACAGACAAAGCAUUGGUGUUCCAUUCCCUACGAAAAGACCAAUGAGGGUUUACACAACUCUAUGGAAUGGAGAUUCUUGGGCAACAAGAUGGGGAGAGGUGAAGAUUGAUCUCUCAAAUGCUCCAUUUGUGGCUGGUUUCAGAAACUUCAAAGCAAAUGCUUGCAUUGCAAAUCAAGGUCAAAUUGAAAAUUGCAAGGGUUUCAAUGGUGGCAAAAAUAGAGGCCUUGAUACUGAAAGCAAGAGAAAUAUGAAAAAAAUUCUUUCUAAAUGGGUAGUUUAUGAUUAUUGCGCUGACUUAAGACGUUAUGCUCAUGGUCUUCCAUAUGAAUGCCGCAAGGAGAAUCUUUUACAAUUUGAAUAG